UUAGUAUGAAAGCUAAUGAAUAACUACUUGAAUCAUUUCAACAUUGUUUUGCCCAUGUCUUGUAUAUGUUCUCGUUGCACAAUACCAGUACAAUAUCACGUUAUCCCAGCCGACUCAUUUUAUCAGCAAGAGGCUGAGAAUGAGAUUCACUUAGUCACUGUCCUCGGGAAAAUGAGGGUCGGCGUUGUCCUUUUCCUGGUGUUUUUGGCUGGAGUUAAUGGGGAGGGAGAGAAGUGCAUUCCUAGGUACUUCGGCCACAGCUCCUUCGCCUGCGUCUGCAACGCCACCUACUGCGAUACUCUCCCGCGUCCUCCCCCCCUGGCGGGAGGGGAAUUCCUCCUCUGUACUUCCGACAUAGACAAAAAUCGAUUCCUCAUGACGUCACAUGCUUUCAACGAAACGGGAAAGAUCGGCGCAACAGAGAUCAAUGACUUCAUUCUAGACCCUGAAAUCACUUACCAGACUAUGCUGGGAUUUGGUGGUGCCUUCACUGACUCAACAGCCAAGAACUUGCUGUCUCUUAGUACGGGAGCUCAAGAACAUUUGCUCAGGUCAUAUUUUUCGAGCACAGGCAUCGAAUACAAUAUAGGUCGCGUCAACAUGGGAGGGUGCGAUUUCUCAUGGCGGACUUAUUCUUACGAUGACGUCGAAGGUGAUGUGGCGUUAGAGCAUUUUGCACUUCAGGAGGAAGACAUUGUGUACAAGAUCCCCAUGAUACAGAGAGCCAAAGAAAUGUCUGACAAACCAAUCAAGCUGAUUGCGUCCCCUUGGUCAGCACCGACGUGGAUGAAGUCUAAUAAGCAGUUCCAUGGUAUGGGCCACCUGCUAGAGGAAAUGUAUCAGCCUUGGGCAGAGUAUUUCGUCAAAUUUUUCAAAAGCUACCUAGACCACAACAUCGACUUCUGGGGCGUGACUGCCCAGAAUGAGCCAGUGGAUGGCAACAUCCCUUACUUCUGGUUCAACUGCAUGGGCUGGACUGCGAAAACCCAGAGAAAGUGGAUAGCAGAGAAUCUCGGACCGACUUUGGAGAACAACAAUUUGGGAGACCUGAAACUCAUGAUUAUGGAUGACCAGAGGAUCUUCUUGCCUAAGUGGCCUGCGACGGUUCUAAACGACACCGAAGCAGCCAAGUACGUUGAUGGCAUCGCUAUUCACUGGUACUGGGAUCAAUUCUCCUCGCCCGAGUUGCUCACGAGGACUCACGAGCUUUUCCCUGACGUUUUCCUACUAGGAACGGAGGCUUGUGUUGGGGACAAGCCCUAUGAAGUAGAGAUCGCCAUAGGAGCCUGGGAAAGACUGGAGAGAUACGCACAUGACAUUAUAACGGACCUCAAUCACUGGGUGACAGGUUGGACUGACUGGAACCUGGCUUUAGAUACCCAGGGAGGGCCUAACUGGGCCGGAAACUUCGUGGACUCCUCAGUCAUCGUCAACGAGACAGCAGACGAAUUCUACAAGAACCCCAUGUUUUACGCCAUGGGCCACUUCUCAAAAUUCGUGCAAGAGGGCGCCCAAAGGAUAGAACUGACUCCAGUUAACCAAGUUUCCCUCCAAACUGUCGCUUUUAGGAAUUCUGACAACUCUGUCGCCAUAGUCGUCCUGAACAAAUCUGGACGUGAAAUUGAAGCUAGAAUCCAAACGCCUACACUUGGCAGCAUCAACGUACUAGCAGGACCCAGGUCCCUCCACACGGUCUAUUAUGUCUAAAUAAGGAGAAAAGAAACGUAAUAAUAAAGACAUUGCUUGCUCUUUGUUGCUUAA